GUGCUUGUGCUUGGGAGAACAAUGCCGAGUGGACGUGACGCCAAACAUAGUAAGAGCCGAGGCAGGACCGUAACCAGGAAGGGUUCCUUGUUUCAGUUUAGUAUUACGAUCGCUGGCCAAAUAAAAACAGGUUGGCAGUCCUGUGAAGUCCGUGCCCUUCUUAACUUCGUCAGAAAUCUCGGUUGUUGUGAUUAGACGCUGCUACUGAGCCUUACUUGCCCCGGAGCUACACUGCGCGGAUGCGAAGCAGCAGUUAGCUGGUGUGGGGAAGCCAAAGCUGGGCGGUUGUGAGUUGCUAAAAUGGAGGAUGAAGAGGUUGCAGAGAGCUGGGAGGAAGCGGCAGACAGCGGGGAAAUUGAGAGAAGACUUGAAGCAAAGCUGAAAAUAAACCAGCAGACAAAGAAGUCCAGUUCAAAUUCACCUGUGAGAACUGCGAUUGUAAUCCAGGAUGACUCUCUUCCUGCAGCACCACCCCCACAAAUUAGAAUUUUAAAGCGUCCGUCAAAUAAUGGUACUGCAGGAAAUCCUGCAUCCUCGUCUCGACCUUCCCAGCAGAUGAAGUCUUUGGCCCAGCGGGAGGCGGAGUACGCGGAGGCUCGUCGGAGGAUUCUGGGUAGUGCUUCAUCAGAUGAUACACCUCAGGAGAAUCCAGGCCAAGACAGGCCAGUUCGUAUGACUGCGCAGCCAUCAGAACCACUUCGUCCCAACAGUCAUGUGAUCCGCCAGCCAAGCGGGCUUGAUGGCACUUCCGGCUUCCGACUUGGCAGAUAAACCAGAGCCUCCUGCUUUUAAUGGGUCAAACGUGUUCCCGAGAGCAGUGAAAGGGUGUGUGGUAUCAAGAGCAGAGUGGUGUGUGAACAUUUGAAACAUGAAGAUAAUAAUGUACUCGUCCACCCUCUCUCUACCCAACUUACUGGCGCAGUCUUUGCCAUCCGCCUUGCCUUUUACCAAUGUGGAAGAAUAGGAGGGGCUGGCAGAGAUUAGCUACACCCUCGGUCGGCUCUUCUACGCUAUAAGUAGGCUUUUGCCUACCAUCCCUGAUCACUGUGAUACUUUGCUAUACCAUGAGGUGCCCUUUGCCUCUCACUCAUUCGCAGGCGAGUGUCAGGCUGGCCGGGGUCAGUCCCUUCAAGGUGAUUUAAGUCAGUCUCGGAACAACCCCUGCAAACGUGAACGAAUGAGCUGGCCCUUCCCUGGGAAGUUGAAACGGGCAUGGCUGCGUGCUCUCCGGUAAGACGGGUACAGGCGGCUAAGUAUUUUCAUUUAAGUAACUCUGGUAUUAGGCACUGGACAGAAAGGCAACAUGGUGCCGCCCUUCAUCGCGCCCUUUGUUUUUUUGUGUUUUAAUACUGAAGGAAAUCAAAGCAGUGCACAGUCCUCCAUGGGGUGGGAGUAACUGCCCAUUGGUCACCCAGACAAAAUAUUCAAAGGUUUCAUUAUUGAAGCAAUAACAAGUGUAUCCCCUCCUAAUUUUGUUUUCGGCCCAUUGUCUCUCUUGUGCUUUAGUUCAAAUGGUAUUUUGUUUUGAAUUCUUGAAACUGCAUCCGGUUUUUCUUUCAAGUUUUAUUUUAUUUUUUUUGGUCAAGGAAUUCAAUACACACUUGAUUAUACUUGAUUUGAAUAUUUAUAUGAAUUACCACAUCAAAUUCUAGAGGCUUUGAAACAGUCCAACUUGUUUAUGAAUUGUAUGAGCAAAACUGAUGUCCAUUGGUUUGCUUGAUCUGCAGCGAGUUGGUCAAUGUAAGCCAAAGACUGCAGCAUAUUCACAGACACUGCCAUGAACGUUGAUUGAUGGCCAAUGAUUGAUUUACAAAAGAGGAGUGUCCACGAUGAUGUGAUAUUAUAAUCAGGAAUUCUGUCUGACUUUUGGAUUGUAGUCAAAUUUAACUAUUUUGUGUUUCUAUGGUUCUUUUCUCACAUUUUUACACUAUUGCCAGAUCUCCACAACCCCUCCAACAAAAGUUUGCAAAUCAUGAAAAUAUUCAAGUCAGCUGCAGCCAUUCAGAGCAUUGUUUUUAAACGUUUGACCCAUUUACGCCUUGAAUGCGAAAUGACCAACAUGCUUCUUCAACUGGUGUUCAUUGCACUCAUGAAUGUAGCAUAAGUUUGAGGCAAAUAGAAAAAAAAACAAUGCAACUGGUUCCGACAAGUCUUAAGAAGCACUCCAUAAUCAUCCACUAUCCACUACAAUUAUUUACUUUUAAAAGAACUGAUGAAGUGAAAACGUAUGUUUUAUUCUCUUGAUAAACCAUAAAAAAAAAUGAGCUCACAAUUCUAUUCUCAAUAUCAUACAAAUGAGGCCAUGAUUCAUGAAAUAAAUAUCACACUAAAAUGAAAAGAACUUAAUGCUGGAAUAUCAAAAUUAUUCACUUCAAGUCAAAAGGUUAAAUUUGUUGUACAUUUUCUAAGUCUUAAGAUUAUUAACUCGCUUAGAAGUCAUUUAGGUGCAAUGAGAAUAUUUUUUUCACAAAAGACAAGUAGGAGCAAUCUGUUAUGUACUUGAGUUUAUGUCUCAAUUUUAAUAUUUGAUUUGUUAUUCUCUAUCUCCCUGCGAAUGGAACAGCCUCUUCCCAUAUGCAUGGUACUCAUCAGAUUUCUGUUCUGCGCGGCAGUCGCAUUUAAACUUGGGAACGGUCACAGCAUAUGCUACUAAAGCUCUAUUGCUAUCGCAAAACUCAGGGUAGCAUAUUCAUUUUCAAAACCCAGAACUGCAUCUUUGCUUCAAUUUUGAGUUGGCACCAUUGCUUGCUUGGAAACUCGUUCAAUCUUUGAAUAAGGCACAAACGUGGAUACUCCUGAUAAAUUCCGAAAAGAUUAGAUUCAGUCAUUGUUACAAAUGGGAAGCCAAU